AUCUGCUAAAUUAAGAAGACAAUUCGCCGCUCUCGCGAUUUAUAACGCAUUCCAGAUUGCGACUUAUAUGUCGCAUUCAAAUUGAGUCCCAUUACAUGUAUAAGUCGCAUUCAAAUUGAAUUUUACGUUUUCCCCAAAUCUACAGCUAAUACUUCGUCCGUUAACUACCUAACGUCAACAAUCCAAACUCCGCCGUUCUUCCCUUCAUAGUAGUGAGCUAGAGCAAUGGCUACGCCUCCAAUUAAAGCGAUUCUCUGUAUGCAAUUGCUAGCUAUAUUUAUCGUAGCAUUUUGUCUUAUACGAAUCAACUGUAGUUGGGUUGCAGAAGAAGGAUUACUACGAAAGCGAAGCGGAGUACAUCAGAGACAGUUCGAUUACUUCAAACUCUCUCUCCUUUGGCCAGCCACCGCUUGCCGCAAUACAACUCGCUGCUGUUCCUCCAAUGCCUGUUGCCGCUCGAACUUGCCAUCCGAAUUCACAAUUCAUGGACUUUGGGCUGAUUACAAUGAUGGAACUUGGCCUGCUUGCUGUUCUGGUCCCCAAUUUGAUAAGAAAGAGAUUUCAACAUUGCUCAAACCCUUGAGGAAGUACUGGCCUUCUUUUAGUUGCGAGGCCGUCUCAAAUUGCCAUCAUGGAAAAGGAACAUUUUGGGCUCAUGAGGUGGUUUUCAUUGUUACUCGUACUAUAUGAUUGGUAAAGAAUUCAAUACAAUUCAAGGAACUAACAUGUCCUCUCGUUUAUUGUAUCUGACCCUGGGGAUAUUCAUUUUCAGUGGGGUAAUCACUCUUUGCCUUAUUUUAUAUUCAGUUUAUAAUACCUCGCAAGACAAUUGAUGGUUUUGAGCUAUUAUAUAAGUUUGAUUAAAAAGAGAAGCAAGAUUCUUUACUUACCAGAAGGAUUUACAAAAUAGAAAAGACCUUAUUGCUGACAUCUCUGAACAAUAUAG